GUGGGCCGCGACAGCCGCUCGGAGAGCGCGGCGCGCCCCUGGGCGCCGCGGCAUGAGUAGCGCGCCAGCCCGGCCCGGCCCGCGCGCCCGCCAUGGCGCAGGCCGCGCCCGCGCCCCAUCGCACCCACUCCUUCGCGAAGAAGACCUUCCACAAGCCGACGUACUGCCACCACUGCUCGGAUCUGCUGUGGGGCCUCAUCGGGCAGGGCUACGGCUGCGAAGUCUGCAACUUCAUAGUGCACGAGCGAUGCGUGGGGCAAGUGGUGACGCCGUGCUGUGGGGUGGCGCCGAGCCUCAUCAAGAACCCGGUGGCUCACUGCUGGUCAGAGCCCACACACCACAAACGCAAGUUUUGUACGGUGUGCCGGAAGAGGCUCGAUGAAUUACCAGCCCUACACUGCAUGAUAUGCGAAUACUACGUGCACGGAGAAUGCGUGGACUUCGCAGCUGCGGACUGCAAGGAGAACGCGACAUACUGCGCGGGCAGCGAACCGCGGCACGUGCACCACUGGCGCGAGGGCAACCUGCCCGCCAACAGCAAGUGCGCCGCCUGCCGCCGCGCCUGCUGGUCCGCCGAGUGCCUCACCGGCUACCGCUGCGAGUGGUGCGGCAGCACGUGCCACGCAGGAUGUCGCGCGCUACUACCGGAGGAGUGCAACUUCGGGAUGCUGCAGCCGAUCUUCUUACCACCGUCGGCCGUGUCCAUCCCGCGCACGGAAGUGCCCAUGGAGGCAAUCAUCGGCGUGCACGUGCGGCCGCCGCCCUCCCAGAGAGACUUUGGCUGCCCUCGCAGCGUCAGCGAAGAGUUCAGCUCGGGCUGCGAGGGCCGCUCGGGCUCCGGCGGCGGGUCCACGGGUGCGCCCGCCGACCAGGACCACCGCCCGGACCACAAGCAGCACCGAGACCGGACCCCGGAUGAUCGGGAUGAAGAGGUGGUGAAGGUGUAUGACGGCGAGGCGGCGUGGACGCGGCGACUGUACCGGCCUGUGGUGGUGGGCCGCAACUGGUCCGAACGCGAGCUGGUGGCGGCGGCCCUGCGCGCCUUCCACGUGGCGCGCGACCCCGAGCUGUUCGAGCUGACGGACGCGCUGGCCGGCGACGAGCCGCCGCUCAAGGACCCCACGCCGCUCGCGCACGUCACGCGCCUGCCCAACAAGAGACCCGCGCUCUUCUUACGAUUCAAAGAGCCAGAGACCGGGGGCGGCGAGGUGCGGGUGUACCCGGGGAGGGUGGCGGGUGCGGGAGAGACCUUCGUAACGGUGGGCUGCGGCGGCGAUGAUGCAGUCGCCGACCUCAUGGCCGCCGCACUCGAGCGCUUCGGGCUCGACCCCGCGCGUGCAGUGCACGACUACCGCUGCUCCGAGAUCCUGCUAGACCGCGGAGGCCCAGUGUCUGAGCGCGUACUGGAGGAAGAGGAGCGUCCGUGGCGCAUAGUGGUGCGUCUGGCGCGCGAGUCCGUGCGGCGCAUGGAGCUGGCGAGGUUCUACCUGCAGCCGCGCCGCGACCCGCAUGGGCCCACGCUCGCUCUCUUCGUGGCCUCGCUGCCGCCAGGCCUCUCCGAGAGGAACUAUGAGAACAUACUGGUCGAGUUCCUUGGUGCCGAUAACAAGUUCACAUCAAUCGGUCCGAUCUACUACGAGUACGGGUCGAUGGUGAUCACGUAUGAAGACGCGAGCAAAGCGGUGCGCGCGCUCUACGCGCUCAGAGAGGCCAAAUAUGAAGAUAAGCAUUUAUUGGUGAUGUUGUUGCCGAGCAUCGAGCCUUCAAUGGUGCCGGCCGGUGUGAAGCCAUUGCUGGUGUUCGUCAACGUCAAGUCUGGAGGCUGUCAAGGCCUCGAGCUCAUUUCUUCCUUCCGCAAACUCCUCAACCCUUACCAGGUGUUUGACCUAGAAAAUGGAGGUCCGCUGCCUGGCCUGUACGUGUUUCGUCACAUUCCCAACUACAAGAUCCUCGUGUGCGGCGGCGACGGCACAAUCGGCUGGGUGCUGCAGUGCCUCGACAACGUCGGCCAGGACUCUCAGUGCUCCAACCCACCCUGCGCUAUCGUGCCCUUGGGCACUGGUAAUGAUUUAGCGCGCACGCUCCGCUGGGGCUCAGGGUACACUGGCUGCGAAGACCCUCUGUCUUUGCUCCGCGACGUCAUCGACGCCGAAGAGAUCCGCCUGGACCGCUGGACCGUCGUCUUCCACCCCGAGGAUAAGCAGGACGAGCCUAAAGAACUGUCGAAGCAGCUCCCUGCGUCUGUGACCACAGGGUCGCAAAGUGAGGACAACUCGCAGAUCCUCGUGAUGAACAACUACUUCGGCAUAGGCAUCGACGCUGACCUCUGCUUAGAUUUCCAUAACGCUCGUGAAGAGAAUCCAAAUAAGUUUAAUAGCAGGCUCCGCAACAAAGGUGUGUACGUGAAGAUGGGUCUGCGUAAGAUGGUGGGCCGCAAGAUGUGCAAGGACCUGCACAAAGCAAUCCGCUUAGAAGUGGAUGGCAAGCUCGUCGACCUGCCCCAGCUCGAGGGGAUCAUCAUACUUAAUAUACUCAGCUGGGGCUCAGGUGCCAACCCGUGGGGACCGGAGAAAGACGACCAGUUCAGCAAGCCCAACCACUGGGACGGCAUGCUGGAGAUCGUGGGCGUUACUGGCGUCGUGCACCUCGGCCAGAUCCAGUCCGGUCUGCGGGGCGCCAUGCGGAUAGCACAGGGCGGGCACAUUAAGAUCAACCUGAAGAGCGAGAUCCCGGUGCAGGUCGACGGCGAGCCCUGGGUGGCGGCGCCCUCCGAAGUGGUGGUACUUAAGUCUGCGCUCAAGGCGACCAUGCUGAAGAAAACCAAGCGCGGGUCUGCGGGCGCGUCGUCGGCGGCGGGCACCUGACCGCUCCCGCCCCGCCCCGCCGCUGCCAGUCGCGCCCCGUCCGCAGGCCACCAUGCUGAAGAAGCGCGGCAAGGUGCGGCGCCGCAACACGGAGCCCAGCAUGCCGCGCUCGCCGGAGCGGCCCGAGCGGCCCGAGCGGCCCGAGCGGUCCGAGCGGCCCGAGCGCGAGCGGGCCGAGCGGCGCGAGCGGCCCGACGACUCCUGAAUCUGGCUGAGCGAGCGCCUCAUCUAACGCGCCCGCCGGCCCGGGGCUCAGGGCUGGCGCGCGCGGGCGCUCGCUGCGGCCGCGCCGCUCACCGCCGCACCUCUCGUGUACAUAAAUUAUUACCAGAAAAAAUAUAUAAACAUAACUAUAAAAAAAAUAAAUCUUAUAGGCGAU